GUGAAAGAAGGGUGGAAAUUUGGCUUCGAUAUCUUGUCCUCCUUUAGAAAAUAUUGUGUGAAGAGUAUUGGCAAUGGGCAAUGAUGGUGGUGGUCAGGAACAAAGCGUGUAUUCGCGACAAACCGCGAUCACGAUGGUACAUAAAGGUCACUUACACUAUGAAAAUGACUAUACAUAUUUGAAUGAAUGGCUUCGAACGGAACUGGCAAUUCCGAAUAGUUUCAGUCUGUCGUGAUCAAGUCUUGAUGCGGAAAUUUUUGUUCACUGCUUACAGAGGAGGUUGUAUGUAAGUAUGUCCGAAAUGCGCGAAGGUUUCGAAGUUAUGCGAGCCCGUAGUUGGUUCCUUGCACCAGACUCUCUUUUGACCUUGACCUCGAACAAUGUCCACCGUUCAAAAGUAUAAACUCGUGUUCUUCUCUCCUGCUCCGAACACCCGAGCUAUCCUGGACCAUUUAUUCAGAAAGUACCCCCAGGUGCUGGGAAAGAUAGGACAUUAUGAGCAGUGCGCGUUCAUUUCACGGGGAACUGGUCAGUACCACCCAACAGAAGAAGCUCAACCAGCCAUCGGAACCCCGGGACAGCUGGUUUGCAUAGAAGAAGACCGUGUUGAGCUGAUUGUGAUUGACCAAGGGGAGAAGGUGCAGCUGAGAAACGCUGUCCAGGAAUUGAAGAAGGUUCAUCCAUACGAAGAAGUGGAGUACGAUAUUUACAGACUCGAAGGACUGUAGCACAAAUCAUGAGGUAGAUGGUGAUUGACUGACCUAUCUGCUGAGCUCCAGACACAGUUUCCUUUCAGAGUCCACAGCGGGUACGGAAUGAUUGAUCUUUAAAAUUUUACGCGUUUGUCGCCUUGAUCAUCCUAGAUUGUCGGAAGUCAGCCUGAUGCACCGCAAUAUAAUAAGAUGUGGCAGAUAGGCAAAAUGAGAGUAUUGGCAGAGGUAGAUAGGCAAAAUGGGAAGAUGGAUGGGUAGAUAGAUGAAUGGGAAGAUAGAUAGAAAAGUGGGAGCCGUACCCGCAUUGAUCCUUAUGUUUAU